CUAUCAGCCAGGUGGCAACGACGCCGCCGCGUGUGUUUGUUUACAAAAAUAUUAAAAUAGAAAAACGAUGUCCCGCAAAACAUGGCGGUCGCUGGACAAUCCGCCGCUCUCCACGCCAGUGCUGGAGGUGCUACAGGAUAUGGGUUUUCCACUAAUGACGCCGGUGCAAACAGCAGCUAUUCCACUGCUGCUGGCACGCAAAGAUGUCUCUGCCGAGGCAGUCACAGGCAGUGGCAAAACGCUAGCAUUUCUCGUUCCUCUGCUUGAGUUGCUCCAGCGGCGCCACAAGGAAUCGCCCUGGACGUCCAAGGAAAUCGGUGCCAUCAUCAUAUCACCCACACGGGAGUUGGCACGUCAAAUUCACGAAGUGUUGGGCAAGUUUAUGGCGCACCCGCAGCUGGAGCAGUUCAGGCAGCAGCUCCUUGUUGGUGGCAAUCACAUCGAGGAGGAUAUUGUGGCCCUGAGACGCGAGACACCCUGCAUACUCGUCUGCACACCGGGUCGCCUGGAGGACUUACUCCAGCGCAAGGCGGAUGAUCUUCAGUUGACAUCACGUGUGAAGAGCUUGGAAUUCCUGGUGCUGGACGAGGCGGAUCGCUUGCUCGACUUGGGAUUUAAACAAAGCAUCAGCCACAUCCUGGCUUAUCUACCACGUCAGCGUCGCACGGGUCUCUUCUCCGCUACACAGACCACGGAGGUCACCGAUCUGAUACGUGCUGGUUUGCGUAAUCCUGUCCUGGUUUCGGUCAAGGAGAAGGCUUCCCUCAACACGCCAGCGUUGCUCCAAAAUUUUUAUAAAAUUGUUCAGCCGGAGUGCAAGUUCCUGGAACUGUUGCAGUUUCUACGCUCACCCAGAUCUCGCUCGGGUAAGGUUUUGAUCUUCUUUCCCACCUGCGCUUGUGUGGAGUAUUGGGUGGAACUCAUUCCACGACUGCUGCCAGAGCGUCUUGUCCUCGGCAUCCAUGGCAAGAUGAAGUCGAAACGUGCCCAGGUCGUGGAGAGAUUCCGUCGCGAACCACUUGCCGUGCUGCUCUGCACGGAUGUCCUCGCUCGAGGAUUGGAUGUGCCCGAAAUUGAGUGGGUUGUCCAGUGGGAUCCACCAGCAAAUGCUUCGAGUUUUGUGCAUCGAGUGGGACGCACGGCGCGGCAGGGUGUUGCCGGUAAGGCGUUGGUCUUGCUCCUACCCAGCGAGGAUGCCUAUGUGCAGUUCCUUAAGCUCAAUCAGAAGGUGGAAUUGAGUGAGUUAAGGAUGGUGGAGGGGGAGGAGGAAGAACAGGAGGCAAGGGAGCAAGAACAAGAGGAGGAGGAAGAGGAGCAUGAUGGGGAGGAGGCAGAGCAGCUGCAGGAGGAGACGGACGAGGAGGAUCAGGGAGAGGGGCAUGAAGAGGAAGAAAAGGAUCACGAGGAAGAGCUGGAGGAGGAGGAGCAUAUGGCUGGGGAGACUCCCCUACACUCCACCCUGGAGCGCAUGCAUCAACUGCAACUGGCGGACAGGGGCAUCUAUGACAAGGGAAUGCGUGCCUUUGUCUCCCAUGUGAGAGCCUACACUAAGCACGAGUGCAGCGCCAUACUCCGGCUCAAAGAUCUCGAUCUGGGCAAGAUGGCCACUGCCUACGGGUUACUACAACUGCCACGCAUGCCGGAGCUAAAGAACUACACAGGAGCCGGAUUUAUUGCACCCAAGUGCGAGUUAAAUCUCGCCAAGCUGAGCUAUAAGAAUGCGCAGAAGGAGCAACUGCGUCAACAGAAGCAGCUGAUCCUGGAGCAGACGGGCAGCUGGCCAGGCAAACAGAAGCCGCACAUGAAACGCACCGAGUCCUGGGAUCACACCAAGCGCGCCAAGUUGGAUGCCAAGUCCAAGAAGGAGUUGCGGAAAGCCAAAAAGGAGCGGAAGAGGAAGAGGGAGAAGGAGGAGGCGGAGGGGGGAGGGGAGAAGGGUGCCAAGCGCAAGCGGAGACAGCAAUUUACACAGGAUGAACUGGAUGAGCUGGCCAGUGAUAUCCGACUCUUCAAGCGACUUAAAAAGAAGAAGAUCACCGAGGAGGAUUACGACAAGGCAAUGGGAAUCGAUAGCGAUGAUGACUGAGAAAUUAUCUAUCUUUUAUAAAUAUUAUGUACAUAUUAAAGAAAGAAAUUUGCUAUUUUA